AUGCAGGUUGAUGUUUUGCCAGUUGACAUCCCCGCUGUUAUGGAGAUUGUCUUUCUCCGCGUCAUCCUCGCAGAUGAGAGCGGUCUGCUACUGUGUGCAGCAUACAGACCACAGUGGCAAGGAAACGCUCCCCUAAACUACCUCUCUGAGCACCUCGAUGACAUCAUGGCUGCCCAUAACUGCCAACAUGUAGUUAUUGUAGGGGACCUCAACCAACACUUGGUGAUGAGAGCCUUCACAGACCUCACUGUAGUGCAGGGUCUCCACAACCAUGUCAACUUCCCAACACACCAGCGUGGAGGCUCCCUGGAUCCUGUGCUCUCUGAUCUGCCAGAGGCUUGUGUGAUGUGCCGCCCACUGGACCGUGUGGGUAGCUCUGAUCACUAUGCAGUGUUGUCCUCCAUCAAUCUCUCCGCUGCUAGAGAGGAACAACAACGAGUCAUCUGGUUAUGGGAGCGUGCUGACUGGGAGGCUAUGAAGCGGUCUCUGUCAGCGACUGAUUGGCACACCGUACUGACCGGAGACCCACACCACGAUACCAUCGCCUUUACCACCGUCCUUCUCUCCCUACAACAACAAUUUGUGCCACACAGGGUGUACACAACAAACCCUAAGGACCAACAAUGGUUUGGCUACCAAUGUAGAGUCGCUGCUGACAAUAAAUAUAGAGCGUGGCAACACUACAAGCGACAUCCCACGCAGGUCAAUAAAGCCCGGCACAGAAGAGCGUGCAAGAUAAUGGUAAAGACAGCAAAGUGGGCCAAGGCCAGAUGGGAGACGGAUAUCAAGAAAAAACUCUCCUCUAACCAGGUUGAUGCUAAGCAAUGGUGGAACCUGGUGAAGGAGAGACAAGGCAUCUCCCAUCAAGUGCGAAUCCCAGCCCUUACCAAACCUAACGGAGACCUGGCUGUCACCAGUCGUGAAAAGGCUGAUCUCCUUGCCGCAGAGUUCAGCCGGAAAAUGACAACUGGUGACCCCAACAGGCAGCCACCUGCCCUCCCCCGUCUUGGUACCUCAUCCCUUCAGAAUGUUGUCAUUACUGAAGAUGAUGUAGGAAGACUCCUGAGAGGAGUGAACACCAGGAAGGCACCAGGCCCUGACGGAUUAAGCCCACAUAUACUUAAAAACUGUGCGACUGAACUAACAGCCCCCCUCGCACUCAUCUUCCGGCAGUGCUGCAGACCGGGAGUGGCCAUCACUUUGGAAGGAGGCGAGAAUUACACCAGUGCACAAGAAGAGGUCAAGAGCAGAGCCAGGAAAUUACCGACCCAUCUCCCUCCUCUCAGUGGUGAGCAAGAUCUUUGA